CGGUGCAUUGUUGUUGAAGAAGGGGAAGGGAAAAAAAACACACACACACACUUACACAGCAACAGAGCUUUCGAGAAAGAAGUGGAAGCGAAAAAAAGGAGGGGGAAGGGAAGGAGUGGAAAGAAAGAAAGAAACCGCACCGCGCUUGCACACGCAUCCAACGCGCGCACAGGCUCCCGCUGUGGCGGCACCUGCGAGCCGAACGUUGGCGCGUUUGGUGACAGUUGGCCGCGCGGCGCGAGCGGGAGCGGGAGGAGGAGGAGACGGCGGCGGCGCGUGAGUUCAGGCUGAGGGAGGCGGCGGCGGCGGAGGAGGAGGAAGGCGACUGGUGUGUGUGUGUGUUUGCGCGGCGCCCGUUUCAUGAGCGCCUUCCGAGUGGAGUCGGGGGCUCUUCGGCUUCGAACACCGUCCCUUAAGCUCUUCUUGACAGGCGCUGUCUUCAUUAUUAACAAUGAGGAGGAAAGGAAGGUGUCAACGAGGGACAGCAAGGCGCUCAGCUUCACCUUGCAAGUUGAAGCAUUCGCCAAGCCGUGAAAUGCUGACAUACGCUCAAGCACAACGAAUGGUUGAAAUGGAAAUUGAUGGACGGUUACACCGGAUUAGUAUUUAUGAUCCUUUGGAAAUAAUUUCAGAAGAUGACUUAACUGCCCAAGAAAUUGUUGAAUGUAACAGCAACAAAGAAAACAGUGAACGUCCACCUGUUUUUGUAAAGACGAAAAGGUGCAAAUCCAAUAGAGUUAAAAAGAAGGAUGCUGUUAGUCAAAGUACACAUGGUGCUCAGACUCAAGUAAACGCAUUGCCGGAACCACGAUUUAGGAUAGUAGAUUAUGAACCACCUUCUGCUCCUCGUCGACCUUCGUCUUAUUAUCGACUCAUUGAGAAGUCCGCAGAGGAGCUCAAUAACGAAGUUGAGUAUGAUAUGGAUGAGGAAGAUUACGCAUGGUUGGAAAUGAUAAAUGAAAGGCGUAAAGGUGAUGGUUUGAGUGUAGUUUCACAGAAUGUGUUUGAGUUUCUAAUGGAUAAACUGGAAAAGGAAUCUUACUUUGAAAAUUCUAAUCAAGGUGAUCCUCAGUCUUUAAUUGAUGAAGAUGCUGUUUGUUGUAUAUGCAUGGAUGGAGAGUGUCAAAACAGUAAUGUAAUAUUGUUUUGCGACAUGUGUAAUUUAGCAGUGCAUCAGGAAUGCUAUGGAGUUCCAUAUAUACCUGAAGGGCAGUGGUUGUGCCGUCGUUGCUUGCAAUCAUCAUCUCGAUCUGUUGAAUGUAUCUUGUGCCCAAAUAAGGGUGGUGCUUUCAAGAAAACUGAGGAUGAUCAGUGGGGACAUGUUGUAUGUGCUCUGUGGGUUCCUGAAGUUGGAUUUGCUAACACUGUAUUCAUAGAACCUAUUGAUGGUGUCAAGAACAUUCCAGCAGCUAGGUGGAAACUGACAUGCUACCUCUGCAAACAGAAAGGGCUUGGUGCUUGUAUCCAGUGCCAUAAAGCAAAUUGUUAUACAGCAUUCCAUGUAACAUGUGCUCAGCAAGCAGGUCUGUACAUGAAAAUGGAGCCUGUUAAAGAAACUGAAUCCAAUGGAACAACGACAUUCAAUGUGAAAAAGACUGCCUUCUGUGCUGUGCAUACACCUCCAGGGUGUGUGAGGAGGCCACUAAACAUUUAUGAGCCAGCUGAACUAAAAAAUGGCUUAUGUAGAAAAGAUUCACCUAACAAGGCAACAAAAGCUAAAUGUAAGACAAGGCAGAAGACAAAGAAGGCACAGAAGCUCUUAACUGAAAAAAGUACUACGGUGCCUGUUGUAUCUGUUCCGUGCAUUCAACCAGAUGGGCUAAACAAAAUAAUGAGUCAGGUAUCAAUACCACGAAAAAAACAAUUUAUACAGAGGGUGUAUGUUUACUGGACACUUAAACGACAAUCAAGAAAUGGUGUACCUCUCCUUCGUCGUUUACAGUCACAUUUGCAGUCUCAGAGAAAUUCACAGCAGAGAACAAAUGAUGAACAGAAAAAUGGUUUGAAAGAGCAGUUGAAAUAUUGGCAAAGGCUUCGUCAUGACCUUGAGAGAGCACGUUUACUAGUCGAACUUAUUCGCAAACGUGAAAAACUAAAACGUGAACAGGUCAAGGUUCAGCAAGUUGCAAUGGAGCUCCAGCUAACACCAUUAACUGUCAUGUUACGUUCAAUUUUGGACCAGAUUCAGGAAAAGGAUACAGCACAUAUAUUUGCUCAGCCAGUGAGCUUGAAAGAGGUUCCGGAUUAUUUAGAUCAUAUAACGCAUCCAAUGGACUUCUCCACAAUGAGGAAAAGGAUAGAAGAUCAUGGUUAUAAUAACCUGGAUGAGUUUGAAACUGAUAUUAAUCUUAUUAUAGAUAACUGUAUGAAAUACAAUGCAAAGGACACAAUAUUUUACCGAGCAGCUGUGCGAUUAAGAGAUCAGGGAGGUGUUAUAUUAAGGCAAGCUCGUCGUGAGGCUGAUCGAAUUGGUUACGACUAUGAAACUUCAAUGCAUCUGCCUGAACCACCAAAGAGUGAAGCAGCUAAACCUUUGACGUGGGAAGAUGUGGAUAGAUUACUGAUGCCUGCAAAUAGAGAGCACAUGUCCUUGGAAGUGCAGCUCAAAGAAUUGCUAGAUAAACUGGAUAUGACGUGUGCAAUGAAGGCCUGCAGUGCUAAAUCUAGACGCGUCAAGUUACUGCGAAAGGAAAUUAAUAACAUCCGCUUCAAAUUAAGCCAACAGAAGGCUCAGAGUGAACAUACACACAGUGAAAGCAGUUUACCUGAUGAUGGAGCAAAGUUGGAACAAGAUGGAGAUUCUAAGUCUUCAGUGCCACCGACUCUUGAGCCAUCUGAUUCUUUGCCUCUUCUGCCAAAUUCAGAUACUCCAUCAGAACCACCUAUCCUUAAACCAAUAGAACCUAGCGCCGACCAGAGUAGGUUAAACAAAAGAGUUAAAUUUGAUGGUGAAGCAAGUAAUACUUCCUUGCAGAAUGUGAUAAUGAAUGGACAUUCUCCAGAUGACUUGCAUAAUGGUGAUGUCAAUAGCUCAAAAAAAUCUACGGCAGUUGAGCUGCCAGAUGAUACUGGAAGACGUUCUUCUGUUAUCUUCCGUAAACCCAAAAGUGUGAGCUCUCAAAACCAAGCAAAAAAUUCAGAGACUCAACCACAUCAAGGGCAGCUUGGGACAAAAACAUUUUUAUCUGUGGUAAUUCCCAGACUGGAGACAUUAUUACAACCAAGGAAGAGAUCACGUAGUUUAUGUGGUGACUCCGAAGGAGAUGGCGAAAAGUUACCCCUCAAAAAACCAGGCCUGGCAUUAUCCAAUGGAUUUGGUAAUGAGGAAAAGCCAGAAACCCCACAGAUCAAUCCAACUGAUCAUCAGCGACGUCGUUGUGCUUCAGAAUCAAGUAUAUGCACCAGUGUUAGUGCAGUUCCCAACCAGGCAAGCACAAUAAGUCUUCCUAAAUGUGGUAAAGGGAAGCCAGCACUAGCUCGGAGAAACCCCUUGGAGGACAGAAGUGAAUUAAUUGCUUGUAUUGAAAAUGGCAACUAUGCCAAAGCAGCUAGAAUUGCAGCAGAGGUUGGACAAAAUAGUAUGUGGACUUCCACAGAUUCCAGUUCUGCUUUGGAGCCCUUAAAGUUAAUUUGGGCAAAGUGCAGUGGUUAUCCAUCAUAUCCAGCCUUGGUAAUUGAUCCAAAGAUGCCUCGAAGUGGUUUUCGCCACAAUGGAGUGCCUAUACCUGUGCCCCCUCUAGAUGUACUGAAAAUAGGCGAGCAAAUGCAAAGGAGAGCUGGCGAGAAGCUUUAUCUUGUUCUGUUCUUUGAUAACAAACGAAGUUGGCAGUGGCUUCCAAAAGCGAAAGUGGUCCCUCUUGGUAUUGAUGAGACCAUAGAUAAAAUAAAAAUGAUGGAAGGUCGGACUUCUUCCAUUCGGAAAUCUGUUCGCAUUGCUUUUGAUCGAGCAAUGCUCCAUCAAAGCAGGGUCCAAGGUGAACAAACAAGUGACUUUAGUGACAUUGAUUGAAAAUGUAACAGGAUUGGGAGAAGAACCCAUCAGUUGAGGUUAAAACCAAGAAAGCUUUGCAAAACCAUUUCUUAGAAAGAAUGUAUUAUCACUGUUGUCUCAAUCAUUGUUCCAGUAGUUGUGCUUGGAAAAAUAAUGGCACCUACUGAUUCACUGCCAGCUACAAUUAUGUUUUUCAUACAUAAUUUUCUUUUGUGUAAACAUUCAAACUUUCCACUAUAAUUUUUCAGCAGGAUGAACUUGUUCAUAGUGUUUAUAAGUCAUGGGAAAAACUGUAAAUACGUGUAUAUUGCUUCACACCGUAAAUUAUUCUGUUGGUCAAAAUUGGUUGCCAUCUGUUCCGGUACUUCGUUGUUUUUAUAUAUAAUCUAAAUGUUCUGUAACUUAUUUAAUAAGCAGAAAGAAAGCUGUUCAUGUAACCGAGUACCAUGCAGCAGGUAAUUUUGGUGCAGAGUAUAGGGAAAAAGUUAAUGAACAAAAUCAAGAUAACUUUAAAUGGUGUGCAAUAGAACAGUAAUAUGAGCUUUUAUAUUUCUCUUACCAAAAGAAGCUUUGAUUCUCAAGUUUAUCUUGGGUUGGUUUGUGUUUCAUAAUAUAAAAAAUCAAGCACAUUUGUUUAUAGGAAUACAGUUUCCCCUAAUUUAACUCUGUCCCCUUAAUUUAACUCUUUCCCCCAAGGUCUGAAUUGAUAAAUUUCCUUAAAACAAUAUUAACAGAUUCUCGUUACAGUUUGUAGUACAUCAAAGUAUGUAGACAAAAAAGUAGGUAUCCUGAUUUUAACCACAAGCUAAAUCCCUUAACUUUUGGAUUAAAAAAAAAAUCAACAUUUCCAUUAGGAUAUCAAGCCCCCUUUAUCCUAUUUGAUCAAUUCAGAAAAACAAUGAAUAAAAUCAUACUGUACAUGGAUUUUUCAAAAGAUUGCAUCCUAUUACUCUGUUGUUUAUUUUUAAUGUUUUCAUUUUUCUACCUGUCCAUUUUGGCUUGCCUUGCCCUUGAACAAUAUUAAAUGAACACAUUGUCUCUGUCUUGUUGCUUUAGGUUGAUUCAACUUAUGGUGCUGAAUAAGAUUAACCAAAAUGUAGCAUAAUCCUAAAUACUAUUUGAAAUAAUACUUGGUGGGAAGAUGUUGUGUGGGAAACUGGGAUGCUGAUUUGAUUUUGCAUAUCUAUGAAAUGCAAUAUUAAAAAAAACCAGUAAGACCAUCAUUUACUGCCUAGAAUACCUGAAAUGCAGGAGUGCUUGUUGUACGAAGUGGUUUUGUAGCCUGUGUAUAAUUGUAUAUGAAUUCACUUCAUACUUGUAACUUUUUUUUACUUUGUUGGGAGGGUUGUUUUAAUAUCACAUUUCUUUUCUGCUGUGAUUUACUAUGGGACCUGUACACAAUUUUUUAAAAACAAAUUGUGCCUGCAUUUGUUUCUUAAUUUAUUGUAGAAAGUGUACAGAUUUGCUUUGUAGUAACUUUUAUAAGCAAUUGAACUGGUUUGAAACUGAAAUUUGUAAAGUGUUAAAACAAUAGAACAAAUGUUUGGUUGACUACAGGCACAUCAGUAUAAAACUGUACUUUGGGAAGGAAUAAAUGUGAUGCAAUCUGUUUGUUGCAUAUUCCCUCAAAAUGCUUAUAUCUGUGUGUUCAAUGACUUUUGAAGUGUUCAUGACAGAAAUUAUGUCGGUCAAUAAGUUAGAUAGCAGUCAGUUUUUUGAUCUGCUUUAUAUUACACUGGUAGGGUAGAAUAAGUCGUAGGUAUUGUUUUAGUCAUACUCAUUUUGAUUCUGUGAACCAUUGCAUAAUUCCCAGUAACUGAAGUAAAAUAUGUAUAAUUAAGAUUUAUAUUAAAUUGCUGAAAUUAUUUUCAUUAGCCAAAUUAAGGAUUA